CCUGGUCGGGGACUCUCGCGGACCUCGGCUCGCCCGAGAGGAAGUGGAGGCGCGGCACCUUCGGACUCUGGGGCGCUGUCUCGCCGCGGUGUCCCUGCGGCCGUUUUACAGAAGCAGGCAACAGGAACAAGAUGUGAACUGUUUCUCUCCUGCAGAAAAAGGCCCUUCCUCCAGCUCCCGCUUUGGAGGGUAUGGAUCCUGGCUCUUCUCUAUUGCGGCAGUAAAGGCGAGGGUGUCAAAAGCUACCAAUGUUCUGAAAAAGUCUUCAUGGGAAUGGCUUGCCUUAUGGUGACAGAGAUGGAAGCAACAUCCACAUCUCCUAAACAUCAGAAUGGUGAUAUUUCUGGAAAUGCUAAUUCUGUGAAGCAAAUAGAUUCAGUCCUUCAGGUGUAUCUUUACCAUUCCGUUGGGAAAGCUGAGGGAGAUUAUCUGAAGUUUCCAACUGGAGAGUAUGUUGCAGAAGAAAUUUGUGUUGCUGCUUCUAAAGCCUGUGGUAUCACACCUGUGUAUCAUAAUAUGUUUGCUUUAAUGAGUGAAACAGAAAGGAUCUGGUAUCCGCCCAACCAUGUCUUCCAUAUAGAUGAGUCAUCCAGGCAUAAUGUACUCUACAGAAUAAGAUUUUAUUUUCCUCACUGGUAUUGCAGUGGAAACAACAGAACUUAUCGAUACGGAAUAUCUCGAGGUGCUGAAGCUCCUCUUCUUGAUGAUUUUGUCAUGUCUUACCUUUUUGCUCAGUGGCGGCAUGAUUUUGUGCAUGGAUGGAUAAAAGUACCCGUAACUCACGAAACCCAGGAAGAAUGUCUUGGAAUGGCAGUGUUAGAUAUGAUGAGAAUAGCCAAAGAAAAAGAUCAAACUCCAUUGGCUAUCUAUAACUCAAUCAGUUACAAGACAUUCUUACCAAAAUGUGUUCGAGCAAAGAUCCAAGACUAUCAUAUUUUGACAAGGAAGAGAAUAAGGUACAGAUUUCGCAGAUUUAUUCAGCAGUUCAGUCAAUGCAAAGCUACUGCCAGAAACUUGAAACUUAAGUAUCUUAUAAAUCUGGAGACUCUUCAGUCUGCCUUCUACACAGAGCAAUUUGAAGUAAAAGAACCUGGAAGAGGUCCUUCAGGUGAGGAGAUUUUUGCAACCAUUACAAUAACUGGAAACGGUGGAAUUCAGUGGUCAAGAGGGAAACAUAAAGAAAGUGAGACUCUGACAGAACAGAAUUUACAGUUGUAUUGUGAUUUUCCUGAUAUUAUUGAUGUCAGUAUUAAGCAAGCAAACCAGGAAGGCUCAAAUGAAAGUAGGAUUGUAACUAUCCAUAAGCAAGAUGGUAAAAAUUUGGAAAUUGAACUGAGCUCAUUAAGGGAAGCUUUGUCUUUUGUGUCAUUGAUUGAUGGCUAUUACAGACUGACUGCAGAUGCUCAUCAUUACCUCUGUAAAGAGGUGGCACCCCCAGCAGUGCUUGAAAACAUACAGAGCAACUGUCAUGGCCCCAUUUCAAUGGAUUUUGCCAUCAGUAAACUGAAAAAAGCAGGUAAUCAGACUGGACUAUAUGUACUUCGGUGCAGUCCUAAGGACUUUAAUAAGUAUUUUCUGACUUUUGCUGUUGAGCGAGAAAAUGUCAUUGAAUAUAAACACUGUUUGAUUACAAAAAAUGAGAAUAGAGAGUAUAACCUCAGUGGGACUAAGAAGAACUUCAGUAAUCUUAAAGAUCUUUUGAAUUGCUACCAGAUGGAAACUGUUCGCUCAGACAGUAUAAUUUUCCAGUUUACUAAAUGCUGUCCUCCAAAACCAAAAGAUAAAUCAAACCUUCUAGUCUUUAGAACCAAUGGUGUUUCUGAUGUAUCAACUUCACCAGCAUUACAGAGGCAUAAUAAUGUGAAUCAAAUGGUGUUUCACAAAAUCAGAAAUGAAGAUUUGAUAUUUAAUGAAAGCCUUGGCCAAGGGACUUUCACAAAAAUUUUUAAAGGAGUAAGAAGAGAAGUAGGAGACUAUGGUCAACUUCAUGAAACAGAAGUUCUAUUGAAAGUUCUGGAUAAAGCACACAGAAACUAUUCAGAGUCUUUUUUUGAAGCAGCAAGCAUGAUGAGUCAGCUUUCUCACAAGCAUUUGGUUUUAAAUUAUGGUGUAUGUGUCUGUGGAGAAGAAAAUAUUCUGGUUCAGGAGUUUGUAAAAUUUGGAUCAUUAGAUACAUACCUGAAAAAGAAUAAAAAUUCUAUAAAUAUAUUAUGGAAACUUGAAGUGGCUAAACAGAUGGCAUGGGCUAUGCAUUUUCUAGAAGAAAAAAACCUUAUUCAUGGAAAUGUAUGUGCCAAAAAUAUUCUACUUAUCAGGGAAGAAGACAGGAAGACAGGAAAUCCUCCUUUCAUCAAACUUAGUGAUCCUGGCAUUAGUAUUACAGUUUUACCAAAGGACAUUCUUCAGGAGAGAAUACCAUGGGUACCACCAGAAUGCAUUGAAAAUCCUAAAAAUCUAAAUUUGGCCACAGACAAAUGGAGUUUUGGUACCACUUUGUGGGAAAUCUGCAGUGGAGGAGACAAGCCUCUGAGUGCUCUAGAUUCUCAAAGAAAACUACAGUUUUAUGAAGAUAGGCACCAGCUCCCUGCACCAAAGUGGACAGAAUUAGCGAACCUUAUAAAUAAUUGUAUGGAUUAUGAACCAGAUUUUAGGCCUUCUUUCAGAGCCAUCAUCCGAGAUCUUAACAGUUUAUUUACUCCAGAUUAUGAACUAUUAACAGAAAAUGACAUGUUACCAAACAUCAGGAUAGGUGCCUUAGGGUUUUCUGGUGCUUUUGAAGACAGAGACCCUACACAAUUUGAAGAGAGACACUUGAAAUUUCUACAGCAACUUGGCAAGGGUAAUUUUGGCAGUGUGGAGAUGUGCCGGUAUGACCCUCUACAGGAUAACACAGGGGAGGUGGUAGCUGUAAAAAAGCUCCAGCACAGUACUGAAGAGCACCUCAGAGACUUCGAAAGGGAAAUUGAAAUCUUGAAAUCCCUACAGCAUGACAACAUUGUAAAGUACAAAGGAGUCUGCUACAGUGCUGGCCGGCGUAAUCUCAGAUUAAUUAUGGAAUAUUUACCAUAUGGAAGUUUACGCGACUAUCUCCAAAAACACAAAGAACGGAUAGAUCACAAAAAACUUCUGCAGUACACAUAUCAGAUAUGCAAGGGUAUGGAGUACCUUGGCACAAAAAGAUAUAUACACAGGGAUCUGGCAACAAGAAAUAUUUUGGUGGAGAAUGAGAACAGAGUUAAAAUUGGAGACUUUGGAUUAACCAAAGUUUUGCCACAAGACAAAGAAUACUACAAAGUGAAAGAACCAGGUGAAAGUCCUAUAUUCUGGUAUGCUCCAGAAUCGCUGACAGAGAGCAAGUUUUCUGUGGCCUCUGACGUUUGGAGUUUUGGAGUAGUUCUGUAUGAACUUUUCACAUAUAUUGAGAAGAGUAAAAGUCCACCUGCAGAGUUCAUGCGUAUGAUUGGAAAUGACAAACAAGGACAGAUGAUUGUGUUCCAUUUGAUAGAACUCCUAAAGAAUAAUGGAAGAUUACCACGACCAGAUGGAUGCCCAGAUGAGAUUUAUAUGAUCAUGACAGAAUGCUGGAACAAUAAUGUAAACCAACGCCCUUCCUUUAGGGACCUAGCACUUCGAGUGGAUCAAAUAAGGGACAACAUGGCUGGAUGAAAGAAACAACCUUUAUUCUCAGACUAAAGCAGACUUACAGAACAAAGUUUUGUAUUUAACAGUGCUGUGGACUAUUAUUACACAUACAGUUAUUACACACAUCAUGAUCUAGCCAGCAAAGAUGUGAAAGUAUCUGCUCAAAACUUUCAAAGCAGGCCUGCGGAUUUAGCUCAGUGGCACAGUGCCUGCCUAGCAAGUGCAAGAUCCUGAGUUCGAUCCUUGGUA